CCCUAGUUCUUCUUAAUCAGGAUUAGUUGAAAGGUUAAAAAUUCAUUGUCGAACAAUUAAAAUAUUACAUUAGAGUUAAUACUGGCGUAGAUUAAUAUUGUUUAAUGCACUUGUAAAUCAAAAUUAAUUUUCUAAUUUUGAUGCAAAAGUAAAGAGAAGUUUUAAAAAAAGUAAUAAAAGAAUUAUGUUAGAUAAAAGUGAUCCAUCGCCAUAAGUACAAUUAAUGUCACUGUUAUUAAAGAGAAAAACGUAUGUGCUAUAUGGAAAGUAAAUUAAGAAGGCAAAACAAUCAAACAGAGCUCAUUUCAUCUUUACUGACCACAUUUCGCUUUUACACAAUCGAUUAUAGUUCAAUCAAUUAUUUUUUACUUGAGAUUUCAUUGAGUUCGACUUCGUUUUUUUGCAAAAUUGAUUCGAGUUCUAUCCAGUGCGUUUUCAAUCUCUGCUCUUGAUUUACUCAUCAUUAAAUGAACAGUGGUCGAAUACGCAUUUGAAAUCUAAUGUGAAAGAUUUACUUUAUAACAUAUGGCGGACAAUCGGUCAAAAACAAAGAUGAACGUACUUAUUCACUUGUAGUCUAAUUUUUCUAUGAUUUGCUCUUCUCACUCAUUGAAAUAGUAAAGACAAAAAUUAAGAUGAUACUUGUAAUCAACGCCUUCAAUUCUAUAUAGGGGCAUGGAUUUCACUCAACACAAAGAGAAAAAAACAAAUGUAUCGUGGAGGAAUAAGACACAUAAAUAUGUUUAUAUUGUAGACAAUGGUUGACUUAAUAUCAAGAUUUAUUAAUGCAAUAAUUGAAUUGACUUCAUUUUUCAUUCUAAUAGUUACCAAAGAUCUUAGAAAUAUUUUUUAAGAACUUCACCAAUGAUUAGUAUGGAUCAAUAUUUGAGUAGGUUGAUUACAAAGCUUGAUAGUAGACAGCUACGGGUAUAUAUUUUUGUGGAUUUAGACCUUGUCUGGAUCUGAUAGAUUUAGACUGAAAUCUUUUUCUACGACUACCUGAUAUCCUUUGUGUACAUGAACCAGUGAAAAACUAUGGUUUUAGAUAAUUAUAGGCUACUCUUCGAGAAAAAGUCAACAUAUAGUUAUUUACAGUUGUUCACUUUUUCAGCACCUGCUGCUUAGGAAAUUAGAAGUUUUGACUUAGUUAAAAACAGUGUUAUAUCAACAAAUAAAAUUGAACAGUUAUUUGUUAAAUAAAAACCCGUCAAGCCAACAGUAACAUCAAAAUCUUCAGCUGUAUGAAAUACUUUUAGCUAACUUUCUGUGCUCGAGCCGGUCGAUCUAGGGUCUCGAAAGAUCCAUAAUUCCCUUUUUGACAUGUACAGAUUGGUUUCUUAAAAUAAAUCUCAAGCUCGAUUCAUGUCAUUUAAUUACUUAAACAGGUGCAUGCAAUAAUCAUAUUCUUUACUAAUUACUAUCCCUACAACUUAUUUAACGUUAUCUCUAUACAUUUCUUUCUUUUUGUCUUCGAAUUGAUUUACAACCUUGGGAUUUUCCAAUACGUAUAGCUGAAUAUGAUCAAUUUGCUUUAGAUAAUAAAAGUCAAAAUUAUAGACUACCAAGAUCAUAGUUUCUUUCGAAUAUAUCAACAGCUAGUGAUUCACUUUCAUUAUCAUGAAAUAAUACUAAUGGAAUAUCAUUUUCUACAUAUGAUUAUGAUAGUUAUGCAUUAAAUCAUCAUAGUACAUGAUGGUUUACGAAUUGUUUUCAAUUUCAUCUAAAUGGUGUUUAUCUUUCUUUUUUCAUUUGAUGUCAUAUAAAAAUAAAUAAUCAUAAGUUUGAAUAUAUUUUCCUAGUAGUUGCACCAUACCGAUUCACUGAAGUGGAACGAGUAUCAUGUCUGAAUUAAUAAUCUAUAAACAGAACAUGCUCGUUCAAAUUACAACAGUGGAUCGGCAGGUAACCACUUCAAUAACAACAUUCCUAUCUCCACUACAAAAGACACAUAAAUGUGUCGAGCGUCUCUAGAAGAGUCGAUCGCGUAGCCGCUAUUCAGAGAUAGGAUGGUAUCGAAGUGGGCCUGACAAUCCGAGAAAACAGAAUAAAGAAAUAGUUGAUAGAAAAUAAAGAUGCGAUGUCCCUCCAACGAUCCAAGAUAAAUCUUAAAAGACCACCAAGUCGUUGGCGACACCGCGUAUAGUUAUUGCAUUACUUCAUAAUUCAUGAGUUUCGAAGUAAGCGGUAGUCGAUCUCGAGAAAACGAACGCUAUGAAGCACGUUUUUUUCCCUUUGAAGAUGAGAUGAAAAAAUACAUGCGAAAUGCAGCAUAUUUAUACUCGUAAAAUGUAUUACACCAUCAAAAUGUAAUUACUACGUUUUUCUUACCCUCAUUUUUGCAAUUGGGUGAUGAAAGGAAGAGAAAAACAAGGAAAGAAAGCACAUAGUUACUGCGUAGUCAAUAAUAAACAAAUAUUUUCAUAAAUGGAGAGUAACCGUAAUAAUUGCAACCCUCUUGUUAAAAAAAAUUCACAUUUAUCUAGAAACAUUUCUUUUCUGUUUGUUGAAGGAUUGAGAUUUUGAACUGUUCAAGCAGCAAUUUUUUUUUUCGUGACUUACCCUUCAUAAAAAAAGAAAAGAGAGAGGUCGUCCAUAAUCAGUGCAUAAUGGGGGUCGGUCGAAUUUCUCUUAGUUUUUUUAAACAUUCUUCGUUUACUUGUGGAUCAUUAUACGUAAGAAGAAAAAAAGAAAUGUGCUUCAUGUUGUAAUACAAAUUCUUCUUGAAAAACGGAUAAAUUCUGAACUAAGUUUACAGACAUUUUUUUUUCUCAUUUAUUUAUUUAUCAGUAUUUAGAUGUUAUUUCCUAAUUGCAUACAUAGCAGCAGUAACAGAUUUCUGUUUACUAUAAUUACCAAUGUUUCAUUCAUAUUGAACCACAGAAAUUACCAGUGAAUAUUGUAGUUUAUGCAUAUCCUGGUCAACCAUUGUGAGAGGUCUACAAGUACUUUCUUUAGUAUGAUUCAAAUGUGAACGUAAAUUGUAGAAAAAGCAUUACUGUUUGUUUUCCCGAUGCAGCUUUUAUGCUUUGAACUGUAUUUAUUUUUCAAGAUCAAUAUAAGAGAGAACGCAAUCCAUUUCGCACGUUCUUGUUGUAUGAUAUUAUUUGUUUAAAAAUAAACAAUUUACAACACAACAAAGAACAGAAGGGAGAAAAAUAAUCGGUCUCCGCUGUACGGCAAUCAAAAUUGAAUCAAUAUGAUUAUCUGUUAGCAAAAAUAAAGCGCUAUUUUAUAUUCUUCAUAAGUCAAAACUCGAGAUAUAAAAUUGCACAUAACUAUUAGAAUCAUAGAAAAUAAAUCUAACCAGUGUGGCAUCAUGAAUGGUCGGUUUUUGUAUUGCUUUUUUCUUAUCAUCCAGUACGUUUAUUUUAAAAAGUAAAAUAUACCAUAAGAUGAAGGAUGAAAAGCUCUACAAGGUACAUUAACAACCUUAUUUUAUACAUUCACAUUUUGUUGUCAAAAUGCACAAAAUUCUUUACAACCAAUUUUCAAUACUGCGGACAGGAUAAUUUUAUGGUACACGACAAAUUCCUUUUUCUUAUUUCUCUGAUUAAUGAGUCACAUCAAAAUCCAUAAUCGAUGGUCGAUUUUUUUGGACCAAUUGAUAUGUGUUUCGAUUAUUUUGAUGUUUUUUUAUUACAGGCACAUACGACUUUCAGAAUAACAAAUUGUAUCUGUAUCAAUAUGUUAGUUAAUAAAAAGAAAUGAAAUCAUAAUCAAUCACAAAUGAUCACUAAACAGUUUCGAUCUCAAAUGUUAUGAAUUAUUAUGUGUGAAAUCCUAUCGCCAAUAAAAUGUAAUGAAAUAAAGUUAAACACUUUGAUUGAUUAAUUGAUUAAAUAAGAAAAGAAAUUCGUUGUUUAACAAUCAGUGAUCUUAUUCGCUGCAUCGAAAAUUGGUUGCACAGGAUUUCAUCCAUUUUGAAAACAAAAGGUUCAUAGAUAAAAUAAAAUUGUUAAUGUACCUUGUAGAGCUUUUUACGUUUCAUCUUAUGAUAUAUAUUAUUUUUAAAAUUAAACGUACUAGAUGACAAAAAAAAAGAAAUACAAAGAUUGGCCAUUUAGUUUAAUUAUCGUGAUACACUUUCUUUUAAAAAAAAAGUUUAGGAAAAAAGUGCCAUCAUUCGCUCUCUUUCUAUGUAUUAAACCACUGGUAGUAAGGACAUAUUGAAAAUAUGAUUUCAUGUCUAAACUAAUGACCACUAUUUAAGUGUUUCGAUCCCAAAAUUUACAGUAGAAAACUGCGGCUCUACGAUUUUGUAGACCUGAAUCCAACAGAUCAAGACAAGAAUUUGGUUAGUUUCACACUCGAAUAUCUUUUCACCAAUACUUGGCAUCCUUUACACAUACGACAAAAUGAUAAAUCAAACUUCUAGCCGUUUAUACGUUAUUCUUCGAAAAAACGGCCAACUUGCAGUAAUUUCUUGUUGUUCACUUUCUCGUCACUGGGUGCUUAAGAAAUUUAAAGUUUUCGCUUAGUUAAAAAAGAGCACUAUGUCAAAACGAAAUUGCAAAAACUAAUAGAUACACUUAACUCAUCCAACCAACAAUAACAUCGCAAUCUUCAAUGGCACAUGAUAUUUUUAGCUAAGCUUUCACGCCCCGCGCCAGUUGAUCUAAGGCUUCCACAAAUCCGCAGUUCCUUAUUUGACGGACAGACAUUGAAUUCUUAAAAUAAAUCUAAAACACAGUUCUGGUCAUCUAAUUACAGCAAGUCAGGUACAUGCAUUGAUCGUAUUCUUUACUACUACCCCGACAACUUAUACAACGUUGUCUUUAUUUUAGUCUUCGAAUCAAUUCCCAAUAUCGAGGUUCUCCAAUAGAUAUACCUGAAUAUGAUCAAUUUGCUGUAGAUAAUGACCGUCAAAAUUAUAAACUUCAAAUAUUAUACUUUCUUUCGAAUAUAUCAACAGUUUGUGAUUCACUUUCAUCAUCAUGGGAUAAUACUAAUGGAAUAUUAUUUUCUACAUAUGAUCAUGAUUAUGAUAGUUAUGCAUUAAAUUAUCAUGGUACAUGA